GCGCAACUGAGGAACAUGGUGGUGAGGCUGUGUUGCCGAGGCGGGCUGCUACCGCGGCUGCUCUUCUCGCCUCAGAAGCCCAAGAUUUACGUCCCCACGGCUGGGCGCAAGGCCGCGUACGGAACAGUAACCUCUGCCAAAGUGUCUGUGAAUGGCGUUCACCUGCAUUAUCAGCAGACUGGAGAGGGCGAACAUGCAGUCCUGCUGCUUCCUGGGAUGUUGGGAAGCGGAGAGACUGAUUUUGCACCCCAACUUAAAAGCCUAAAUAAGAACCUCUUCACUGUGGUGGCCUGGGAUCCUCGAGGAUAUGGACAUUCCAGACCCCCAGAUAGAGACUUCCCAGCGGACUUUUUUGAAAGGGAUGCAAAAGAUGCUGUUGAUUUGAUGAAGACGCUGAAGUUUAAGAAGGUCUCUCUGCUGGGAUGGAGUGACGGUGGCAUCACUGCACUCUUUGCUGCUGCGAAAUAUCCAUCUUACAUCAAUAAGAUGGUGAUUUGGGGAGCUAAUGCCUAUGUCACUGAAGAGGAUGAAAGAAUUUAUCAGGGUAUCCGAGAUGUUUCUAAAUGGAGCGAAAAAACAAGGAAGCCUCUAGAAGCCCUGUAUGGAUAUGACUACCUUGCCAAAACCUGUGAAAAGUGGGUGGAUGGCAUAGGACAGUUUAAACAUCUACCAGAUGGUAACAUCUGUCGGCACUUGCUGCCCCUGGUUCAGUGCCCCACCCUAAUUGUGCAUGGAGAGAAGGAUCCUCUGGUCCCACGUUUUCAUGCUGACUUCAUACAUGAGCAUGUGAAAGGGUCACGGUUACAUCUUAUGCCAGAAGGCAAACACAACCUGCAUUUACGUUUUGCUAAUGAAUUCAACAAGUUAGCAGAAGACUUCUUACAAUGAAAACGCCCCUCAGAACUUUUGUGUCUUGGUGGUUCCUUAGCAUGGGGCUUGAACAUGUCAUUGCCUGUUAACAUAAUGUCCUGAAGCUUGGAAACUCCCUGCUUUAUAUCACAGCUCAGUUCACCUGCCUUCCCAGGCUCUCUACCCGCCCAACAAUGUGAUUGUAAGCAAACAGGAAUAAUGACUAUGGACAGCAGUUUCUAGCUUUAAUAAUUAUAAAGAUGAAAUCUUAUUUUUAAACAUUAACUUGUGAGUUUCUAUCAUUGUCUUAAAAGUAAAUUUCUGACAUAAUUUAUUUUCAAAUAAACUUUAAGGGGAAGUUUUGUGGUGUUCAU